AUGGGGGUGCAGCAAUCCAAGGAGGAGCUGCUGUACCAGCAGGUGAACUACGGCAACAUCGAGGGGAUUCGGAACCUCCGGGCGCAGGGCGCGGGCGUUGAGUGGAUUGACAAGGAAGGGAAGACGCCCCUGAUGGUCGCCAGCAUGCGCCCUGAUCUGCUGAAUGUGGCUAAAGCUUUGAUUGAAUUGGGUGCAAAUGUGAAUGCGUAUCGGCCUGGAUCACACGCUGGGACUGCAUUGCACCAUGCUGCCAAAAAAGGACUUGAUCCGACUGUCCAUUUACUUCUCUCACAUGGAGCUAACCCAUUCAUAACAAAUGAUGACUGCAAUACCGCACUUGACCUGGCUAGAGAAAAGGGUCAUGUGAACGUUGUAAGGGCCAUAGAGGGACGGAUUUCUCUUUUUUCUGGAUGGAUGAGGGAGAAUUAUGGUCCUGGUUUCUUGGAAGCGUUUGCUCCUCAGUUCAUGACUAGGAAGAUUUGGGCAGUGAUUUUACCGCGUGAAGCACGGAACCCGACAAGACCUGUCAAGCUUGAGUUAGCUAUAUAUCCUGAAUUGCAGGCUGCUAAACCUCGUGUUGUUGUCAAACUUUGGAAAUCUCAACUUGAGGAACCAAAGUAUAAUCUGGCUGAUCCUUCCAUGACAAUUUUUGACAAAGUUACAAAAUCUAGAUACAAGCUUUUACCGGCUUAUGAAGGUGACAAGCAGCAGCUUCGAUCAUUUUAUAGUGCAUGUUGUGGCAUGGCACAGGUUGCCAGCAUGGUUCCUGCACGACCAGUGAAUGCCCCCAGUCCAAAUCCAAUUCCAAAUCCGUCUUUGGCACCUUCAGCGGAGUCGACUCCCAGUAAGGAGGAUCUUGAGUUAGCGAUGGCUAUCAAUGCCUCCAUCCAAUCAGCUAUAGCAGAGGGGGUGCCCAAUGUGCAGCCAAUGACAUCAACGAACAGCUCUCUCAACGGAUGGGGCUCACCAGAUUCUCCAGCGCCUUCAAAAACGAGUGGCCAAGCACAGGUUGAUGCUCCAAGCAGCAGCAAAUACAACGGAUGGGAUGUACCUGGAACAAGCUCUAACCAAAGUUCAUCGAAACCUAACAAAAGUCAAAACAACAACCCUUCGAUUGUGAUUACACCUGAGGCACUUCCGGUUCCAACACCAACUGCACUUCCGGUUCCAACACCAACUGUACUUCCAACUCUUCCAACACCAACUGCGCCACCACUUGCUGAAGGAACCUUCUACGAUGGCCCUAUUGAGUAUCCGUCCAUAGAUUUCACACCAGUUGAUGUAACCAUGCCACCCACGGAAGGUGGUGGUACGGCGCUAAACUCUGCAAAACCUGUAGAAAAUGGAGCCGAUGCAAGCAGCAGUGGUAACACCCCCUCUGGUACUUGUGUGAUUUGCUUGGAUGCUCCUGUGGAAGGAGCCUGCAUUCCAUGUGGUCACAUGGCUGGUUGCAUGUCCUGCUUGAAGGAUAUCGAGUCGAAGAAAUGGGGGUGCCCCAUUUGUCGUGCCAAGAUCAACCAGAUUAUCCGCCUGUAUGCGGUUUGA